AUGAACUACGAGAAUUAUGACCCUUCUUUCCCUGAUCAACCUGUGGUCGAUCUCUACCUCCCAGUAUGGGCUAACCUACCAUCCUUUCGGUCCAAGCCAGCCUUCAUUUGGGCUGAAGACGGCUCAAAUGGUGCAACCAAGAAUUCAACCAUCACUUAUGCUCAGCUCAAUGAAUCAGUUCACUCAAUUUCUACCCAGUUACUGACUCAAUUACAAAGAGGUGACACUGUCGUGAUUUUAUGCUCACCUGGGUUAGAGCUUGUUGAGAUCAUCUUUGGGUGCCAAAGAGCUGGCCUUUUGUGCAUCCCUGUGUUCCCACCAGACUCUUCUUUCACUAAAGAAAACUAUCACCAUCUUGUUAGAGUUCUGUCCCAGACAAAGCCCAAAGCUGCCAUAGCGCACCAUGAUUACAUUGCCAGAGUUCAACACUACAUCUCCUUGUCCUCUGACAAUCAUAAGCUUGCCGAGAUGUUGCAAAAGCUCACCUGGAUCUCUACUUCUGAUAUCAAAGACAAGAAAGUGAGUUCAAAUAUGGGCUCAUUGCCUUAUAAUGGCUGUAGACCAAAUGAAAUGUACUUAAUCCAAUACACUUCAGGUGCUACAGGGAUUCCAAAACCUGUGCUGGUAACAGCAGGAGCAGCUGCUCACAAUGUGAGAGUAGCCAGGAAAGCCUACGAUCUCUAUCCAAACAGUGUUAUUGUCUCUUGGUUGCCUCAGUACCAUGACUGUGGCCUGCAGUUUUUGUUAUUGACUAUCAUAUCUGGUGCAACAAGUGUGCUAACAUCACCUGGCGCCUUUGUGAACCGGCCUGGGCUAUGGCUUGAGCUGAUUUCAAAGUUCCAAGCUACUUGCACUCCAGUUCCAUCAUUCUCAAUACCACUUGUUAUAAAGCGUGGUGGGGUUGAUAAAGGAACUCAGCCUAUAAGUUUAUGGAGUUUGAAAAACUUAAUCAUCAUCAAUGAGCCUAUUUACAAAGCAUCGGUUGACAGGUUCGUCGAAAUGUUUAAGCCUUUUGGGCUAAACCCAUCAUGCAUUUCUCCAUCUUAUGGCUUGGCAGAAAACGGCACCUUUGUUUCAACAGCAUGGAGAGGCAACUGCAGCAAUGCUGCUAGCUUUCGACACAUCCCGUCACACAACAAGCUCUUGCCAUGUGCAAGGCUUGCUUCUCAACGUGAAGAAGAAGAGGACAUGGACAUUAUAGUUGUAGACGAAGAAACUUGUGAGCUUGUUGUGGAUGGAACGGAAGGUGAGAUUUGGGUCUCAUCUCCAAGCAACUGCUCAGGUUACCUUGGCCACCCAUCUUUAACUCGAGAGAUAUUUCAAGCAAGACCAAGGAACAAGGUGAGCCGGUGCUUUGUCCGCACAGGCGAUAGAGGAAUCAUCAAGGAGAAGAAAGGUUGCCUCGCUGCAUUUGAGAUGUCAAGCACUAUAGUUCUUGUUGCAGAGAUUCAAAGACACGAAAAGGAUGUUAAGGUAUUGAAACGAAUCUGUGAGUGGGCAAAGCAAGCUGUUCUGAAGGAAGAGAAAGUUGAAAUUGGCUUGAUGGUUCUAGUUAAGAGUGGAUGUGUUCCGAAAACAACUUCAGGGAAGAUUCAAAGAUGGGCUGCCAAAGAUAUGCUGAUUAGAGGCAAAAUGAGCGUGGUAAUGGAGAUGCAGUUCGAGGAUAACAAUGAAAGAUUCUUGCCAUCGUACGAGGCAAUAGGUAAAGCAAAUAAAGAGAUCAGAUGUCAAGGGGGAAACAGAACAAGUACUGUUGCUGAAGAUAGAGAUCAAGAAAUCUCCCUAGCAUUUUCAAGCACUCCAAGGCGUCCCCCAAUGCUUUCUCUUCUGUGA